AUCAUGCACUCGUCAGAGAGGAUUGCUAUUAAUUCUAUGCCUCAUGGUGUUUUACAUCAAGCAGUCUGAUGGGUAUCUGUUCUUCUGGCCACUAUGGAGUGGAAGUAGAAGAAAGUGACAGAAUGAUCAUUCGCUCAAAAAAGUUAGCUUACACCUCAACAAUAAUUCCACCCUCAUCUCCCGUUAUUUCUGAAAUGAUGGUUACGCCCCUGACUACUACUACUACUGAGCAUCUCCAAAAUGAGUACCUCCUCCCUUGCCAUCCUCCCCCGCCCCCUUCCUGCCUCGCACACACACACGCACACACACAUACGGACUCUUGGACGCUGCAGCGUUUUUUAAGAGUGUGUUGACGAGGUAGGAGGCAGGAGGAAGCCGAUCACGUCUGGAGCGUGUUAGGAGGAGAGAGAGGACGCACGCACGUUGAGUCGUUAAAAAAAGGGGGGGGCGGAAUCGGCGAACGGUUGGAAGGGCGGUGCGUUUCGGUGCGAGUGUCAUUGCAGACAUGGGUGGCCACGGCACGACACCUUGCCUUGAGCUCCUUGGGGGGUGUUUUCGCUGUCAGUCCUUCGGCUCUGCAAAUGGCGAUGUGCUGCUGAUGCUACCGCUGCCGAGCCCGGGAGACUCAGCCAAGGCGGCGGAUGCCAGGGAAUAAUAAGACUCAUAUAUGAUCACCUGCGCUUUCCUUUGCCUGGGAUUUUCCGUAGCGGUGGACGGUACCAUGGUGAAUUACCAGAAAUACAUUACUGUGAUGCAGCUGGCUCUGGGGGUGACCGCCUCCAACAAAGAACAUUGUCUUCCACCCAGGAAGCGAAUGUGGAUACACCCCAGCCCGACCGCUGGCUCUGUCACAGCCGCCUCUUCUGCGAGCACCGUUCAGGGCAAGCCGUCACUCCGCCGCAUCAAGGGCCGAAUUCACAGGAGCAAGAGCCUGGACAGCAUCGACCUCCUGGACUCCAAUAGCGCAGCAAUGGAGGAGACUGUCAUUUGGGAACAGCACACUGUAACACUGCACAGGGCACCAGGGUUUGGUUUCGGGAUAGCCAUAUCAGGAGGCCGAGAUAACCCUCAUUUUCAGAGUGGCGAAACCUCCAUUGUCAUCUCAGAUGUGCUGAAAGGUGGCCCGGCAGAAGGGCUACUCCAGGAAAAUGACCGAGUUGUCAUGGUCAAUGCCGUGUCCAUGGAUAAUGUGGAACACGCCUAUGCAGUCCAGCAGCUUCGUAAAAGUGGGAAAAUUGCCAAAAUUACAAUCAGACGGAAGAGGAAAGUUCACGUCCCAUUGGGUCGCUUUGGGGAGCGGGAAACGAUGUCGGAGCAUGAUGAGGAAGAGGACAGCUACGAUGAAGAGAUAUACGAGACGCGGAGUGGACGUAGUGGCGCCUACAGCAGUAUGGGCGGAGCCAUGGGCAGGCGCAGCGGCCGGAGCUGCGGCCGAAGGGACAGGGAACGUGAACGCAGUGUCUCACGGGAGAGAAGUCUUUCACCGCGGUCCGAUCGCCGCUCACACAACCUGCCUCCUCGCCCUGCUAAGGUCACGCUGGUGAAAUCGCGCAAAAAUGAAGCAGAGUAUGGCCUGCGCUUGGCCAGCCACAUCUUCGUCAAGGACAUCUCCCCCGAGAGCCUGGCAGCCAGGGAUGGCAACAUCCAGGAGGGCGAUGUUGUACUGAAGAUCAAUGGCACCGUGACCGAGAACCUCUCCUUGAUCGAUGCCAAGAAGCUGAUAGAAAGGUCAAAGGGCAAGCUAAAAAUGGUUGUUCAGAGGGAUGACAGGGCGACCUUGCUGAACAUCCCUGACCUCGAUGACAGCAUUCCUUCAGCCAAUGCCUCCGACAGAGACGACAUUUCAGAUAUCCAUUCUGUGGCAUCCGACCAUUCCAAUCGAUCGCACGACAGACUCCGUAGCAGCCGCUCCCGCUCUCCAGACAGACGAUCGGAACCCUCAGACCACUCCAGACACUCGCCACCUCAAAUCAGCAAUGGCAGUCACAGAAGUCGAGAUGAAGAGCGGCUAUCAAAAGGGGCUUCAACACCAGCAAAGCUUUCGGAGGAAAUUCCUCUGCCCAAGCCGAAAGAGCCAGCACUCACUAGAGAUGAGAAACUACUUCCGCCGCUCCCAGAGCCGAAGCCAGUGUACGCCCAGCCCGGACAGCCAGACGUGGACCUGCCCGUCAGCCCCUCUGAUGCCCCUGUGCCAAGUGCUGCUCACGAUGACAGCAUCCUUAGGCCAAGCAUGAAGCUGGUCAAGUUCAAAAAAGGUGAGAGUGUGGGGCUGCGGCUCGCAGGAGGGAAUGAUGUUGGCAUCUUUGUUGCUGGAGUGCUGGAGGACAGCCCGGCCGCGAAGGAGGGCCUGGAGGAGGGUGACCAAAUUCUCAGGGUAAACAACGUAGAUUUUGCAAACAUAAUCCGAGAGGAGGCAGUGCUGUUCCUCCUGGAUCUUCCUAAAGGUGAAGAGGUCACCAUUUUGGCUCAAAAGAAGAAAGAUGUCUAUCGGCGGAUCGUGGAGUCUGAUGUGGGUGACUCCUUUUACAUCCGGACCCACUUUGAGUACGAGAAGGAAUCUCCAUACGGGUUAAGCUUUAACAAGGGCGAGGUGUUCCGUGUGGUGGAUACCCUCUACAAUGGCAAAUUGGGUUCCUGGCUUGCUAUUCGCAUUGGCAAGAACCACCAGGAGGUGGAGAGGGGCAUCAUCCCCAACAAAAACAGAGCGGAGCAGCUCUCCAGCGUGCAAUACACACUCCCCAAAACAGCCGGCGGCGACAGGGCCGACUUCUGGAGGUUCCGUGGUCUUCGAAGUUCAAAGAGGAACCUCAGGAAGAGCCGAGAAGAUCUUUCCUCUCAGCCAGUCCAGACAAAGUUCCCAGCCUACGAGAGGGUUGUAUUGAGAGAAGCUGGUUUCUUAAGACCUGUUGUGAUAUUUGGACCUAUUGCCGAUGUUGCACGGGAAAAACUCGCCAGAGAAGAGCCAGAUCUUUUUGAGCUUGCAAAGAGCGAGCCCAGAGAUGCAGGUACCGACCAGCGCAGUUCAGGAAUUAUUCGUCUUCACACCAUCAAACAAAUCAUAGAUAGAGACAAACACGCAGUGCUGGACAUCACCCCGAAUGCUGUGGACAGGCUGAACUAUGCUCAGUGGUACCCGAUCGUAGUCUUCCUAAAUCCCGACAACAAGCAGGGUGUGAAGAACAUGAGGACAAGGCUGUGUCCAGAGUCCCGGAAAAGUGCCAGGAAGCUGUACGAACGAGCCAUCAAGCUGAGGAAGAAUAAUCAUCACCUGUUCACCACCACCAUUAACUUGAACAACAUGAAUGACGGUUGGUACGGAGCUCUUAAGGAGACCAUCCAGCAGCAACAGAACCAGCUGGUGUGGGUGUCUGAGGGAAAGGCGGAUGGCACCACGGAAGAUGACUUGGAUAUCCACGACGACCGUCUGUCCUACCUGUCAGCUCCAGGGAGCGAGUACUCCAUGUACAGCACGGACAGCCGCCACACAUCGGACUACGAAGACACGGACACGGAGGGCGGAGCCUACACGGACCAGGAGCUCGACGAGACCUUGAAUGACGAGGUGGGUCUGCCCACGGAGCCCGCCAUCACGCGGUCUUCCGAACCUGUGAGGGAAGAUCCACCCGUCAUUCAGGACACCCCUGGUUACCCCGGAUACCAGCACCCGGUGCCACCCGAUCCAACUAAUCGUAUCGACCAAACUGGCUUCAAGAUGCCAUCUCCGCAGCAGCAAGAGGAGGCUUCUCUGCCCAUGCUCUCCUUGCCUGCAGCGGUGGUAGCGCCCCCUGCUGUUGAGCAGCCUGUACAGCUAGAGGGUUUGCACCUAGAGGAGCCCCCUGCUGCAGCCGCAGCUCCUCAGGCUGACUCACUUAGCAGCCCCAGUCCUGCCCCUGAGCAUUUUCAGCCCCCACCACCACCACAUGAACCCCACCCGUCUGGACCGCCUGGUCCAGAACCAAAGAUGUACAAGAAAGACCUGUACAAUAUGGAGGAACCUGUGCGAAUGAACCACGGCCUGAAGCAGUCUAUGAGCUACAGUCACCAGCUAUCAUACCAGGACAAGCAGCCAUACCGAGAAUACGACCACCCGCCUUACGGUUACGAUGGAGGCGGCUACACAGAACCAAAGUCUCACAACGCUGACUCUCACAUGCACUACGACAACCGUGUGCCUCAUUACAACGAACACUGGUCCCCCUACGACCAGCAGACCUCGCCCUCCCAGCCCCCAGGUUACCAGCCGGCCCACCAGCAACACAUUGGCUUCAACCACCGCUCGCCGUACGAGGAUGGCCCAAAUAGGGACUACAGCCCUCCUCAGCCUCGAUAUGAAGACCCCCUCCCUGUGGGAUAUGAUAGCAGAGCACGCCACACUAAGCCUGGGCCAAUUCGUUACGAUGAUCUGCCUCCACCACCGCCACCUGUAAGCUACGAUGCCCGCUCUCCUUAUGAGGCAGAUACUCUCAGCUUUCCCAUCAACUCGCCUCGGUCUCCAGAAGCGCCAAAGCAGUAUUACGGUGACUCUGGUCUACGGUCAUCCUACAUUCCUGGUCCACACCGUGGCUUCAAGGCAGGGAUGCAUGAUCCUGUGAUGAACUGUGAACCACCAAUUCUUUCUCCGAAAACAGAGGCCCUCACAUCCCCUGUUGAGCCAGCAGUCACUCCUGGAUCAAAACCCUUGCUACCCCUCCAACGGGAAGACCCGGAGGAGGACCCAGCCAUGAAACCGCAGUCAGUCCUCAACAGAGUAAAGAUGUUUGAAAAUAAACGGUCCGUUUCGAUGGACAGGGCGAAGGAAGGAGAAUCGUCAGUUCUCAGGCCAGCAGAUAUUCCCAAACCUUCAAAUGCACCUGGUCCGGUGCUCAAGGCAAAUUCGCUCAGUAACCUGGAGCAGGAAAGAUCCUCCUACAGGGGUCCUGAGCCACAGAGGCCUCACACUAAACCGCUUGAUGAUGUAAUACGUACCAAUCACUACGACCUGGACGAGGACGAGGAGUACUACAGGAAGCAGUUGUCCUACUUUGAUCGUCGGAGCUUUGACAGCAAAGCCAUGGGCCUCCCCAAUCCUGGCAUCAAUCGCUUCCACGAUCUGGCCAAACCAGCUCAACUGUUGUACCCGUACAACAGGGUGGAGUCUGUCGAGAAAGUGAAUCCGGGGGAUAAACGAUAUGAUCCCCUUACUCAGAUUAGCCCCUCUUCUCAGUACGGACCCCCGGGCUCUGCCAUCCCACCCAAUACACUGCCCAAACUCGGCCCGUCUGAUGUGAACUCCAUACCCGAGCCGCUGAGCCCGCCCAAUCCGAAACCAGACCUGGCAGCUCUCAGACCCGCUAGCAGGGAUGAACCCACACCCAUUGGCUAUCUGCCCCCAAGGGCCCUUCCCGACAAGUCCCCGGUCAACGGCACGGAUACGGCUCCCCCAAAGACCAUCGGUGCUCCCGUUCCCACCGGUUACAAUCGCUACGUCCCCAAGCCGUACACCAGCUCAGCACGACCGUUCGAGCGCAAGUUCGAGAGCCCCAAAUUCAACCACAACCUGCUGCCCAACGACGCACAGGUGAAGACGGAGCUCCUCGGCAAGCCCUGCGCGGUGAGCAACAGCGGGGGAAAGCCGCAGCUCUCGCCUCAGCCUCUGGACCAUGACAGCGGUCUGGACACCUUCACUCGCACCAUGGACAACAGGCCCAAAUACCAGCACAAUAACAUCAACGCCAUCCCCAAAGCCAUUCCUGUCAGCCCCGGCGCGCUGGACGAUGACGACGAAGACGAAGGGCACACGGUGGUGGCCACGGCCCGAGGCAUCUUCAACUGCAACGGAGGGGUCCUGAGCUCCAUCGAGACGGGCGUCAGCAUCAUCAUCCCCCAGGGUGCCAUCCCGGAGAACGUGGAGCAGGAGAUUUACUUCAAGGUGUGCCGCGACAACAGCAUCCUGCCCCCGCUCGACAAGGAGAAAGGGGAAACGCUGCUAAGCCCGCUGGUGAUGUGCGGCCCUCACGGACUCAAGUUCCUCAAGCCGGUGGAGCUGCGCUUACCUCACUGUGCGUCUAUGACCCCUGAUGGUUGGUCUUUUGCUCUAAAAUCCUCCGACUCCUCGUCGGGUGACCCGAAAAGCUGGCAGAACAAAUCUCUCCCCGGAGACCCAAACUACCUAGUGGGUGCAAACUGUGUUUCUGUGCUCAUCGACCACUUCUGAAGAGGGCGACAGCUGGUCUGUUCCUGAAUGUGAAAGAAAAGGCGGGUGAGGGGUGGGGGGGGGGGGCGUCUGUUGCCUCCACCAAGGCCAAAGGGUGGAGGAGCACACAGCGUUCACCUCAAGGGGUGAAUCCAACACUCUCACAUUGUUUACCGGCCCCGCACUAAACAAACAAAAAAAAAUCAACACCACGACCGUGAGGACAGUCAGCAGAGUCCAGCUGUUCUGUUUUUUGGGUGAGGGUGGGGUAACUUUCCCGGUGCUUUUAAGGCUUGCAAAAAAAGAAAAACAAAAAAAACUGCAGAACUUUUGGACAGUGAGACUGAAAUGGGAGUGCAUGAUGGUGCCACAGACUUGAGUAUUCUCAUCUUGACAUUUUUAGCGAUGAUUUGCAAAAUGUCAGGGGCCUCACUUAUCAACGCUGCGUAUGGGCAAAAUGCACAAAGCGUACGCAACCCUCUGCGCAAAAUUUGUGUCCUAUCAAAAAGAAAAAUUUUUAAAUACUUGACAGAUGGAAAAAAAUGGGCGUGUGUACGAAAACUCCAACCCGUGCAUACGCACAUUUUGGAGUGUAUUAUGAGUCUCGCACGUCCACUGCAUCAAGCAGCAACUUUACAUUUUAUGUAAAAUUUUUGCACUUUGUGUACAAUUUUAUGUUCAUGUUUUGUUGGUACUUUUUUUUUUUUAAAUGAUGCUACUCAUGCCUUUUAAAGUGCCCCUCGGGGAUUGGAUGACCUUGCGGGUGGGGUUCAAGAGCCCCUUUCUAGGAGCCCUCGCCUACCGCGCCCAACUCUAGAGGAAGAAACAAAGGACACAUGAAACCACUUUUAUUUUUGCCUUUGCACUUUUUUUUUCUUCUGUCAGCCACCUCGUUGUCUGUUGAUGUUGUAAAUUGGUUGCAUGUGAUUGAAAUGUGGUCAAAUGAUGUCAUUUCCCCCUCUUAACCUAGAAAAUAAGAAAAGAAAAUGUCAGUUUUACCACUACCACAUUUUAAGCAUAUGCAACCUAGCUAUACAAAUUAAAGGGCAACGAUGUUCUUAGCAAUAAUGUUUUCUGUGCCCCCACCAGUCUAAACAUGAAUAUUGCAUUCUUGGGAUAAGAAUGAAUCUGAUUCAUCCAUCUGUUUUUAUUCAUCUCGAUGCGAUGCUGUCCGCUGUUGACAUUGGCGUCAAAAGUGCCCUCGGGCUUGCAUUGCGAACGUCAUGUCUCACCUGUUCCCUGCAAUGCAAGGGCAAUUGAAGUCGACAGCAGACGGCGGUAUAACGCAAAAAUCGCCGGCCCGCUCGGACCCAUCAAAAUUGACGUAAAUCUUUUUCUACGAACACGAUAUUAAUCAGAAUAUAACAAUGAGACUAGUGAGGGAGAAAUGGAAUAUAUUGCCAAGAAUUCUUUUUUUUUUUUUUUUUCACCCAUUGCAGCGGCAUUUGCUUUCUCAAUGGUGGACCGUAUUUGUGUGAGCCGGAUAUGUACGUCCCCCAUUUUAGUAGUCACAACAUUGUCAAUGUGCUGCGAUUUAAAAAAAAAAAAAUUUUUUUUUGGAAGGGAGUUGGGCUUCUACUUAAGUCCGGCUACUUAUUUUAUAUCUCAGUCUUCCACCCUGUCAUGUUUUAUUGUUGUUGUUCAUUUGUAUGCCACCAAGGUCACGAAACAGUAUUUAUUCCCUUCCUUGUUUCCAAUCGUACUCACAAGCCGUACGAUUUCAGCGCAGCCCAUUUCGAUUCGCAUGUGGUGCUAUUUGGUUGACUUUGUGCAUACAAACGCAGGCGCAACACACUUAGGAAGUAUUGGUUUGCGCAUGCAUAGGUCAAUUGAUUCAUUGAUAGGUCACAUUUUUUUGGGGGGGGGUGCUCAUAUGCCAUUUCAGUAUUUGUGUGUGCGCACCCUUUUCGAAAGAAUCCUACGCGCUCUUUGAAAAGUGAGACCCUAGAUGAUGAUGUUUAAUAUUACCCAGGGUUUUUUUUUCCUGUAAAGUGUUACCCCCAAAGUGCAAAGUGGGCAUACACCAAACCAUUUUAUUUGAGAUUGGUGCAGCUGUGAAGGAUCUCUGGAGACUUGAUUGACGCCACAGAAUAAUGCAGACAGAAACACUAAGCUUAGUUCACUCGUAGCAUCUAUGACGCCCCUCUCUGCUGAACUGAAAUUGAUGAUGACUGAUGAUUUUUUUUUUUGUAGAAAAUCUUUUACCAUAGAUAAAAUAUACUGACUUGAUCUGACAAAUUCCUACUGUCUAGGAAUCUAUGCAUGUGCUAUGACUCAGGUCCAGAUGCCUGCUAUCACUUCUACACAUGAGAAACCAUCCAACACUGCGAGCAAUGAUGCCUUAUCUGCAUAUUUAAAAAAGAGAAAAUCCAUCCCGGCACUCUGGUCACAGUUGACACAAAGUUGUCUUUUUUUCCCUUUUUUUUUGUCCCCUCACACCACCCCGACCCCUCUCUCCUAAUCGGAAUUUUGAUUCUAGCACAUGUGAAGAAUAGAUGCCGAUUAAAUGAAAGGUCUUGCUUUCUUUUCCUGCUAUGCAUACGAAGUGUGACAAGGCGCAGAAAAGGAAGUGGCUGUACAUACUGCUAGCAUAUGGCCUUGGUUCUCUGUAGAUCAACUUUUGUAUAUCUUUAUUGUUUUGUAUAAAACAGAAAAAAUGUUUGGGGGUGGGGGGGACAAGGAAAAGACAGCGAAGAAGUUACAUUGGUUAUGUUUGUACACCGGUUAAACCCCCCCCCCCCCGAGCCUUGGAACUGACUCGCGCAGUAAUAAGUCUGAGUUUUCUACAUACUGCAUAAAUACAAGACCUAAGGCAUUUUUAACCGUAUGAAAAGUUUUUAUUCUUAUUUACAAAACAAAAAUAGACAAGUGCUUGAUUUAAAUGGUUUUAAAAGUUGCGCUCAAAGGGUUUAGGGGAACGACAACUGGUCCCUUCCUUUAUUUGUGAUACUGGAUGCUUUAUUGUGUGCCCUGAAAUGUAUUUUUCUACUAAUAGAUGAUUUAUUAUGGCACAUCAGUACUAUUUCCUUUUGAUAUGAUAACACUUCAAUGCAACACUAAUUUUUUUUCUCCAUGUUUUCAGCAUUCUUUUUAUUUAUUUGGAUUUCUUUUGUUUAAAAGUUUUUCUCCCUCCGCAACAUUUCUUCUUUUUUUAAUGUAUACCACUGUAUUAAUAAAUAAAUUCAUUUUUAAAGUAAACUACUCUGUGGGGUGAGGUGUCUUAUCAAAUUAUGUAUUUAUCUCAUGAAGUGCUUAUUUUGUUGUUAGCUGCAUAGCAAACUAGGCACGUUCUCCAUCCAAUUGGAAUUUAGAGACUGUAUACAAAUUUCCACAUACUAUGGAACAUCGACUAUUUAUGUUGAUGAAAUUGAGUAAUUCUCUUAAAGGAGUCCCAGGUUAAAGCAAAAAUCUUUCAAGUCGCUAUAUUAUGAUACCAUAUUUUUAAUAUAGAACAGCUUUUUUGUAAGAAUCUAGUCAGAUUAUCAUGUGCAUGAUGUCAUAACUUUCUCAAGAAGAAAAUAUUUUUUAACUCGAUAAAAGUCAACGUGAUUUUUUAGAAGACUUUAAAAAAACAAGCAUGUAGUAUUGUACAGUAUUUAUUUUGAGGAGUGUCAUAAUUUGACAAGAAAAUUUGAUUUUAAAAAAUAGUCACAAUAAUCCGAGGAGAGUCGGUUUCAUUUGACAGAUUGCCAACAAUGCAAAGAGAAUGUUACAAGAUAUACUGUACAUUGUAAUUAUGUGAGAAAUUUUUUUUCUAACUUUAUGUGGAAAGAAUUGUGUAUUUCCAAGAAUUUGCUGUAGUGCAAGUAGCACAGGGAUACCACAAGUAAAUCACGAGACUGAAGAUGUAAA